CUGUGACAAAACAUCUUCAACUUUCAAAGUGCUCUGUUUGCUAAAGCAAUAAAAUUAAUUCUUGUGAAUGUAAUUGCCGUUUGUGUACUUACGUAUGAACUUCUAUAGUCUGUAAUAUAAUACAAUUGCCCCUUUGGUUGACCCAUUGUGUACUCUUAUAUGUAGAAUGGCCAGUCAGACGCAGCUAUCAUCAAAAGAGAUUUUUGCCCUAGAAGACCAAUAUGGAUGUCGUAACUAUGCGCCACUUUCCGUUGCCCUUUGUCGGGGUGAAGGCAUAUUCGUAUGGGACGUGGAAGGCAAGAAGUACUUCGAUUUCUUAAGUGCUUACUCAGCAGUAAACCAGGGUCACUGCCACCCAAGAAUCGUGAAGGUGCUCAAGGAACAAGCUGAUAAAUUGACAUUGGUGUCAAGAGCGUUCUACUCAGAUCAACUGGGUAAUUACGAAAAAUAUAUGACAGAGCUGUUCGGUUAUGAGCGCCUGUUACCUAUGAACACUGGCGUAGAGGGCGGGGAGAGCGCUUGCAAGAUUGCCAGGAAGUGGGGCUACGACGUCAAGAAAAUACCAAAGGAUCAGGCUAAGAUAAUAUUCGCCGAAGGUAACUUCUGGGGUCGAACACUGUCCGCGGUGUCAUCUUCAUCAGAUCCAACGUGCUACAAUGGCUUCGGCCCCUACAUGCCAUGCUUUGAACUCAUUCCAUAUAAUGACAUUCCGGCUUUGGAGAAAACCCUCCAAGAUCCCACCGUGGCGGCCUUUAUGGUGGAACCCAUUCAAGGAGAGGCUGGAGUUGUCAUCCCUGACGAUGGCUACUUAAGGAAGGUUCGAGAACUGUGCACAAAGUACAAUGUGCUUUGGAUUGCCGAUGAAGUGCAAACUGGAUUAGGUCGCACUGGAAAACUUCUGGCUGUCCAGCACGAGGGCGUCAAGCCGGACAUCCUCAUACUGGGGAAGGCGCUCAGCGGUGGCAUCCUUCCAGUCUCUGCUGUCCUAGCAAAUAAUAAUGUCAUGGGCGUCAUAACGCCGGGCACUCACGGUUCGACGUACGGCGGGAACCCGCUUGCGUGCGCAGUCGCUACCGAGGCCAUAAAGGUAUUAUUGGAGGAGAAAUUGUGCGAGAAUGCAGAUAAACUAUGCUCGGUGUUCCGCCAGGAGUUGGAGAAAAUACCGAAGUCCAAAAUAGAUACUAUUCGCGGCCGAGGACUUAUGUUUGCUAUUGAUGUUAACGACAGUAUUAACGCAUACGAUGUAUGCCAUCGUUUGAAAGCAGCCGGUCUUCUAGCCAAGACUACACACGGUCAAACAAUCCGUCUGGCCCCACCGCUCGUCAUAACCGAAGAACAGCUAAGAGAAGGCGCUCGUGUCAUUCAGAAAGUAUUCCAGAGUUACGACAAAUGAUUCGAUAUUGUCCUAAGGAAAUCAGAAAAAUCGAGAGUGUUGAUUAAAUGAUGUUCGAUUUUUUUUUUACCUUUAUUUUUAAUGGCGGUAUAAUUUACUUCGGUCUAAGUUAUUUACAAGACUUUAUAUUCUAAAUAUAACAUUUUAUUAAAGCAUUUAAAUUAC